AGCACCACUGCGGCGACGCGGAGAUUCAGGCCUGCGUGACAGUCAGUGGCGUGGCCGGCAUGGAAGUGAAGGAUGCCAAUUCUGCGCUGCUCAGUAACUAUGAGGUAUUCCAGUUACUCACUGAUCUGAAAGAGCAACGUAAAGAAAGUGGGAAGAACAAACACAGUGCUGGGCAACAGAACCUGAAUACUAUCACCUAUGAAACUUUAAAAUACAUAUCAAAAACACCAUGCAGGCACCAGAGUCCUGAGAUUGUCAGAGAAUUUCUUACAGCAAUGAAAAACCACAAGUUGACCAAAGCUGAAAAACUUCAGCUGCUCAAUCACAGGCCUAUGACUGCUGUGGAAAUCCAACUGAUGGUAGAAGAGAGUGAAGAAAGGCUCACAGAGGAGCAAAUUGAAGCUCUUCUUCACACUGUCACAAGCAUUCUACCUGCAGGACCAGAGGAUGAGCAGAAAACGACCAACAGUGAUGUUACAAUGGAUUGAAGAGGACCCAGUGUAGGAAGAGCCAUUAAUCCUACCUACCUCAUGAAUAAAAGGCCCAGCAG